AUGCAGGGUAGAGUAGGUGACGGCCCUGGAGGUGCUUGUUUCGUCGGUGGGCUUCUGUCCAUGCCCGUGCCGUCAACCCGUCUGUCGUUCCGUUACUCGGGUGAUCGACCCCGCUCAGCUGGGCAGACGCGCACCACCACUCAGACCGCCAGUGAGGCGGACGAGGAGGAGGAGGAUAACGAUGAGGGGGAGAAUGAGGAGGAGGAGGAGGAGGACGAGGAGGGGAGCGGUGAUGAUACUUCUGACCCUGUGCAACCACCACUGCGGGCAGAACAACUUCAUGCCUUCGCGCUGGCUGUGGCACGCGACACUGUGGCGUUUGCUGUGGCCGCUCUGCAUGCUGCCAAGGUGGAGCUGCUAGGGAAUGAGGGGGAGUUGGGAUGCAAGGUGUCAUACACCAUUGACAUCUGGACUGCACCCAAUGGGAAGGCUUGGUUAGUUGUGACAGGUCACUGGAUCGACGAGACGUUUCAACAACGUGAGGCAGUGCUGGAGUUUCGCGAGCUGACGGGUCGUCAUGGAACGACGCAGAUCGCGCAGAUCGUGGAGGACACGGUGGUGAUGUGGGGGUUAGAGGGGCGUUGUCUGGGAAUCACCACAGACAACGCCUCCGCCAACAUUGCCACGUUCAAGCGCCUGUCGGAGGAGGGUGGUGAUCGGGCUUUCUUCAACUCCCGCCUGCACUUCAGGCUUGGCAAAGGCGGAGAAGAUGAGAAGAUGCGCCUUUCAGAUGAGCAGUGGGGGAUGUUGAAGGAGCUAAGGGCCUUUCUCAGCCCCUUCAACAAGGUCUUCAAGGCAGCCGAGGGGACGGCGUACCCGACUCUGUCGAUGGUGGUGCCGUACUACAACAGUCUCAUCGACGCCAUGGAGGCCCGACUAGCAAAGGGGCCUUCGGCGCUGCUGAAGCCUCUAGUAGAAAAGACGCUGAACAUCCUGAAGAACUACGCCUACAUCGGCAGCAACGAGGGCUGGAUCGCCACCUUCAUGGAUCCAUCCAUGAAGGCGGCGUGGUUCGACGACGCCCACUGGGAGACGCAGCAUCCAGCGACGGAGCCGAUGGAGAGGCCGCGCCCAGCGUCGGGUGUGGUGAUCGCGCUAGUACGUGAGCGGGUGGCCGAGUACCAGGCGGCGGCUAGGGAGCUGGCUCUUAGGCCCAUUACACUUACCACGGUGGUAGAGGAGGAGGAGGGAGAGGGGGGGGGGAUGACGAGGACAACCUUUAUCUCCCUAGUCGCCGACGCCUUGCAGUGCGUCUGUCUGCGAGCCAGGCGGCGGGGGGGGGGUGGUCCUGUGCAGGACGAUGAGGUCAGCAGGUACUUGUCCGAGAGGGUGCGGUACGACGUGUCAGCGCUAGAGUACAGGCGCACCUCCACGAACAUGGAGACGCUGAAGCGGAUGGCGAGGGAUUAUCUCGCGAUCCCUGCCACGUCUGCUGCGAGCGAGCGCGUGUUCUCCUUCGGCCGCAAGGAGCGUCACCGCCUGAACUCCGAGAGGGCGCGAUUUUGCAUGAUUCUCAGAUCGUGGUAUGGAUCGCACUCUGGCCAGAGGAUCGGCGAGGGCUGCCGCACGAAAGGGGUCGCAGCAUUGGAGAUCGCUCUUGAGGGCGAGGGUGCGGAGGAGGAGGAGGGUGCGGAGGAGGAGGAGGAGGAGGAGGAGGAGGAGGAGGAGGAGGAGGAGGAGGAGGAGCUUAAGGAGGAGGAGGAGGAGGAGGAGGAGGAGGAGGAGGAGGAGGAGGAGGAGGAGGAGGAGGAGGAGGAGGAGGAGGAGGAGGAGGAGGAGGAGGUGGAGGCGGAGGAGGAGGUGGAGGGGGGGCCGGCGGAGGAGGUGGAUGAGGAGGCGGCGAAGGGGAGAGGGGCGGACGCAGUAGCAGGUGGCGCGGAUGGUGGUGUUGGUAGCCGGGGUGGGACAGGGAUGUAG